AUGUUACUUCAACGUCGCUCGUUACGCUCACGUUUAGACUUGCUACGUGCCAAUCGGGUAGUAGAAAAUAAGGUUUAUGCAGCUCAGGAUAGACAAGUAGAAAAUGCAGGGGGAAUGUAUCGACAUUUAGAGCCAGGGGAACCAGUUUGGGCUAAAGGGUUUAGUUCACAGGACAAGUGGAUUAAGGGGAAAGUAAACGAGAGAGAAGGCUCUAAUAGGUACGUUCUAGAGGGGGAUAAUGGUCAAUUAUUUAAAAGACAUAUUGAUCAAAUACGACGUAGAUCACACAUGUCUGAUGUUAUUUGUCCCGAUAACUCUUGUUAUGAAAAAAAUAAUGAGAACGGAGGUGAGGAUGGUAUCAUAGAGGCCAGGGAAGAGGUGGAUGUUAGUAAUAGUAGUAAAAAACACGGUUUAACUCCAGUUAAGGAAUUAAAAUCUAAAAGUAAAGAAUUAUCCGCGGUUGAGCUUAAUAGCGAUAUGAAUAUCUCUACUAACCAUCCACCGCAAGAAAUCCCGGAGCCUCGUUACCCCCAACGAGUUCGCAAACCUGUAGUUAGAUUUGGUUUCGAAUUUGAU